AUGAUUUCCGAAUCAGAUGAUAUGGAGACCCUCCCGCCAAACAAUGAAAAUAGAACGUCAGAGUCCAUGAUGAAUAUGCUUGAGCCGAGUAGGAACCUUCCAAUCAUGUCCAAUGGCCCAUUUUACCUUGAACCGUUUCAUGCAAUUGUCAAGGAAGAGGAGGAUCUGGAAAGGCUAACGUUGGAUAACGUGAGAGAGGAUGGAAUGGCACUACUUUCGUUAACAAGUCGAGGAUCUGAUGAUAGAUUCAAGACUAAAAUUUAUCCUAGUAGACAACAUAGAGGCUUCGGUGAGGAACAAUUGAAGAAAGAAAGUUCACUCGGGGAAAAACAAAAUGGAAAGGAAAAGAAAACUAGGACCAGAGCCAGGACGAGGACGAGGACGGGAAGAAAGAUUUUAACAAACCUACCCGAGGGGAAGAUGACGCGAAAGAUGAGGCCUGCUAAGACUCGAAAAGUUGAAGAUAAAGGCAUGUCAGCUUUCGGGGAUGGUACCUUCCUAGUGACAAGAAUUCCAAAAGAAGUUUGUGAGAAAAUGACAGAUGAAAUCUUCGGGGCAAUAUGUCUCCAAACAGUCACUAUGGAAGCGGUAAAAGAUAUUGGACAAAUAUCUUUAAAAUAUUGGUUCAUACACUACCGAGACCAUGAUAGUGCGAAACAGGAUGACGGUAAAAUAGUUGUAUUCCCUAAAGAAUUAGGAUUGGAGGAGGAUGUUGCUACAAAGAUACAUUUCUAUGUAAGCGAAGGCCCAAGGACCUUCUAUGUUGAGAAAUUAGGACCAUACGGUUGUAUCGAGAUACAGCGACUUUUGGAAAAGAAAUUCCCUCAAGAGAGAUACUGGAUGGGCCAGAAAAUGCGUAUCCCUUCUUUCAAAUUAGGGGAGGAAGGAGGAUAUAUUGUCAGUGUCAAGGCUGUAGGUCGAGAAAAGAAAUGUUGCUUGUGUGAGGGAGAGCAUGCUAAUGGAGCUGUCGAGUGUCCGUCUCUUGCCCCGAGUGAGUACCAUAUCGAUUUAAAAGGCUCCGGAGUAAGUUCAAAGCCCAUUAUUAAAAAUACAAUAGCCGAGACAAAAAUAGUCCACAAUAGAUGUAGCAGGUCCACGAAUAAGGGAAAGUAUUUAAUGCUUGAGGACGAUAACACACUAAGAACGGUAGUCACCAAAAGAAAAUCAACAAUGAUAGUUGGAAGCCUGAGUUCUAUCCCAGGAACGGAUUGA